AUGUAACGGGACCUCUAACAGCUGCCUGCCUUGCUCUGUGCUGGAACCAUGAGACUUGCCCUGCUGUGUGGGCUGCUGCUGGCUGGUAUAACUGCAACCCAGGGAGGGCUCCUGAACCUGAACAAGAUGGUUAACCAUAUGACUGGGAAGAAAGCCUUCUUCAGCUACUGGCCCUACGGCUGUCACUGUGGAUUUGGUGGCAAAGGACAACCCAAGGAUGCCACCGACUGGUGCUGUCAAAAGCACGAUUGUUGCUAUGCCCACCUGAAGAUCGAUGGAUGCAAAAGCCUGACAGACAAUUACAAAUACAGCAUCUCUGAGGGCGUUAUCCAAUGCUCUGACCAAGGGAGCUGGUGCGAAAGGCAACUGUGUGCUUGUGACAAGGAGGUGGCCUUGUGCCUGAAGCAAAACCUGGAGAGCUACAACAAGCGACUGCGGUACUACUGGAGGCCCCGCUGCAAAGGCCAGACUCCCACAUGCUAGGGGAAUCCACUCUCUCUGUCCCCUGGAUUCCACCCUGUUCCCGGGCAUGUCAAGCAUUUAAGUCCUGCAGCUGCUGCCUCCUGCCUUGGUGUCUAGUCUCUUGGACCUGCUGGUUUUUAAAGUCCUCCUUGCAAAAGAGCCUGGCCUUGAUGAUGUCCUCUUGGUGCCUCUCUGCUGUAAAGGACCUUUCUGAUCUUUCUAUAAGUGACUCUCCUCUCCCUUCAAACUCUGGUCUUUCUGGGCCUAGGAUGAAAUCUCUUUUAUCUGUUCAGAGCCCAGCCCUCUGGCCCUGUGUCCUUCUCCUCAACUAAGCUGUGAGACCCUCCUGGUUGAGCCCUGCCUCAUCUCAGAUUCAGUGGUACCCUGGUGUCCAGGUAGUUUCCUAGAACCAAGCCCAUUGUGGGCGCCAACAACAACAGGACUUACGGGUGGGGGAAACUGCAGCCUUGUUGCUAUGGGUGCUAGAACUCGGCCUUCUGUUUCUUGUCUAUUAUGCUUUCUGUUGGAUCUCUUGUGGCAUAAAGUUCAGGCCUGGGGCCCAUCCUUUAGAAGCCUCUCUUGGCUAGCGCUUCUCCCCAGCACUAAGGACAUCAUUGUGUUGGACUGUCUGGGUGGCCCAACACCCCACAAUUCUUCUGAGACCAGGAUACUGACAUGUUCUAAUACUUUGUCUCAUUCCAGGCCUGGUUUCUUUCUCUGCAAACUUUCUCCACAGAGUCCUCUCAAUAAACAACUUUCACAAGAGUCCCUGACUCAGGCUCCACCUCUGGGGAGACACAUUGUAGCAACAUUUAUAAAUUCUGUGACUUCCCUCUCUCCCAGAACCAAGGGCCUAAUUGCAAACCUCAGAAGUGAUGCUACAGCUAAGGAAAGAGUGCUCAGGGGCGGCAGAUUCAGAGCCAGAAUCCAUGGAAGAUCAGCUUCCCAUAUGAAGAAGGGGAGGGGAGGGUUUGGGGGUGGCUUCGCUGGCUCUCUUUUUUGGCUCAAACUGACCCCGCCUACCUACAUUCUUGCAGCUAUAGGCAUUGAAGGGACUCUAGCCACCCUGGACCUGACAGACAUGGCUGUAGCAGGCCGUGCCCUUCUCUCUCAUUCUUUCGGCCUUGCCUAAAACCACUAGACUGCAUUUCUAAAGCUAGUUCCCACAGUCUCUUCCCUUAUUUAGCCAAUUCCUUCCUCCUCCUGAGGCUGACUACCAAGGUCCAGCUGUCAAAGUAUUAAAGUCUAGCAAUCAAAAGCCCGCUUUGGUUCACCUAAUAUGCCCAGUCAAAACACACCAUUGCCCCCAGCCCAUUCUAACACAGACCUCCCCCCUUCCCCCUUCUUAUGAAUUAUGCCUGCAAGGUCCUUUGCUGAUGUUUUUCUGUCUGAGUCAGAAAGCAGCCACUUCAACUUUUCUUCCCUGCUUAAUAAAAGAUCUUUCUGUGAAAA